AUGAUGUUAAAUAUCUUAUCAUUAUGGGUUUGGAUUUCUCUUACUUCUUAUAAGUUAAUACUAGCUACCAUUAAUCCUCACUUGUCUGAAUCACCUAAAUCAAUCUUUCAAGACCUUAAUGAAGGUCUUCCAAAAUUCGAUUUCAAUGGGAAUACAAAAUCAUAUACCAAUAUACCACAGCUAGAUGGAAUGAUGUGUGCCUUUCCAUCUACCAAUUAUAUACCAAAGGAGUUUUUACGAUUUGAUGAUAUUGGAUCGGUCUUGAAACUUCUUGGAUUCGAUAAAGAUUCUACUAACUUGAUAGCAGUUACAAAGAAAGUUGAAGCUCAAAAGGAUAUCUCUCAUAUUUCCGGUAAGGAAUCAGGUAAUUUACCAGAAGCUAUUCCUUCGCACACUUUUCAUAAUGGACAUCAAAAACUUGAACAUUCAGAGGAACUCAAGAAGAAGAAGAAGAACGUGAAUGAAAAUAGGAAUGAAUUGGUAGACAGCCUUGAAGACAUACUAAAGAUGAACCCGAAACAAAAAUCACGCACGAUUUCGGAUAUUUUGGAAUCGAGCAAUGAAAUUAAAGUGGUGGAAAAAGCUCAAAAAAAGAGAAAACAGGUUGAGAUGAAUAAGACUUUAAAAAGAUUUGAAUUCUCCAAUUCGAAAAAACCUACUAGACAGACAAGGACAAGUAGAAGGUCCUUAUAA